GCUCACGGACUGAGCUGUAGGAGAGUAGAAUAUUUUGAAAAAAAUCGUUGUGUGUUUCGUGAAAUUGCCAGAAGUAACGAGAAGAUUGCGAGGGCGAUCUAGCCAAAGGGUUCAUAUUUUGGCGACAGUGAACAUAUAGAUUUCGACUUUUCCCACUUGAUUGCUUGGUAGACCAUAACCGAGCAAUGAGCUGAAAUAUUGUGUUUAAGGAUGAUUGAUCAAUAAUACCAACCAAAAUCGAAUCGACCAGUGAAAACAUAAAAUCAAUUUGGUACAUGAGUCGAAGUGCAGUGGUUUUGAGCUAAGUGCUUUCGGUAAUCUUAAGUUUAAAGCAAUCUGCUUGACUCGCAAGUGUAUCCUGAUCGAACGAAAUCGAGUUUCCGGUUCUGGAUGUUGGAUCGAAAGAACCUUCUACUGCAGAGCUCUUCAACAAGCUGUACCAGCUAGGACUAUUGGCAACUAAUAAGAAGAUAACCGUUUCUCAACAGUUUUCGUCUGCCAUAGUCCAAAAGUGAUACCAAACGAAUAAUAAAACGAACGAAACGUGAACGAUUAUCUACAACGAGUUAUUCCAUAAGUGAUUGUCAAAAGUAUCGAGCAACUACCCCAAGGAUACGCCGUUUAAUCAUAAUCAACGAGGACGGUGCUAUAACUAUACAACAAUGGCUAUCCGAGUACAAUCCUUAAUCGCAACGUACUUGCUUCUAUUCACAGUACUUGAGAAUGUACACUGCGACGCACCAUUAGUGGAUUCGGCGGCAUUACCCCUGGAACACAGAGCCGUUUACGGUCCGCCAGCACCAUCACCAGUUUACGGGACGCCUGGUUUGUUGAGUGGCGGCGGAGGUAGCGGUAGUCUACAUGGCCCCGGCCCCGUUGGAAGCGGUGGUGGAGGUGGUGAUGAUCCGUGGCCACUGUCUGCUACGAACGAUAGCCCGCAGAUCAAGCAUCUGCAGGUGCAGUGUGAGAAGACACAUAUGCGUGUCAACAUUGAGUUCGAUCGACCGUUCUACGGUAUGAUCUUCUCCAAAGGCUUUUACAGCGAUCCCCACUGUGUGCACCUGAAGCCAGGUACCGGCCACUUGAGCGCCACCUUCGAGAUCUUCCUCAAUAGCUGCGGAAUGUCGAGCUCAGCGAACCACAAUGCAGCUAGUUUUGGUGGACCGACUCCGUCUGGGAGCUACGUCGAGAACACGAUCAUCAUCCAGUACGAUCCAUAUGUGCAGGAAGUUUGGGAUCAGGCCCGCAAGCUGCGCUGUACCUGGUAUGAUUUCUACGAGAAAGCCGUCACCUUCCGCCCAUUCCAAGUCGAUAUGUUACACGCCGUCACGGCCAAUUUCCUUGGUGAUAACCUGCAGUGUUGGAUGCAAAUUCAGGUCGGUAAGGGCCCAUGGGCAUCGGAAGUGUCGGGUAUCGUAAAGAUCGGCCAAACGAUGACGAUGGUGCUGGCGAUCAAGGAUGAUGAGAACAAGUUCGAUAUGCUGGUACGCAACUGUGUUGCCCACGAUGGCAAACGAGCUCCAAUUCAGCUGGUAGAUCAGCAUGGAUGUGUUGUGCGACCGAAAAUUAUGAGCAAGUUCCAAAAAAUCAAAAACUUUGGACCGUCGGCCUCGGUGGUGUCGUUCGCGUACUUCCAGGCCUUCAAAUUCCCCGACUCUAUGAACGUACACUUCCAGUGCGUGAUCCAGGUUUGCCGCUAUAACUGUCCCGAGCCAAAGUGUGCCGGCGGAGACUACGGUUUACCAGCAUUGACGGGCAACGGUAUCUCGAGCGAGUACGGUGCACCAGGUGCACUGAGCGGUGAGUAUGGCCCUCCGCAUCUUUCGGAGUAUGGUGUACCGCCAGCAGCCUACCCAGACCCACGUCAUCCCUCCGAUGCUUCGGGAGCAUAUUCCGAGAAUCAGGAUAGCGUUGUGCCAGCCCCGCAAGCACAGACAUCUGGCAAUUCCGCGGAAAACAAAUCUGAUGGUCCGGCUAACGGAAAUGACGUUCCGGCGCAGGCACCGGCACAGUCGUCCAAUCUAAGCUCGAACGACAUUCAUGAUCACAUCAACAUGCCACCACCACCGCCACCGGGACAAACAUCCUACAUCACUGUGACGAAGCAAAAGAAGGACGAUGGUCUGCCCAGCGACAGUGGCAAUUUGGUCAGCCUUGGUGGGCGACCACGGUCCGUUGAGGGAUUGGAUGAUCUACGAGGCGUCCGUCGACGACGAGACACGAUGUCAGUCGUAAUUCGGCCGCGUAUUUACAAGCGUGAUGCACAGGAGAUGACCGACGUUAACACGGAACGUAUCAUCCAGGUGGUAGCACCGGGCGACGUGAACUUUGCGCUGAACAAUGCUUCGGGAAAUGAAACCGUGGUUAUCCAGUCGCAGCGUACUGUUGAUCCGGAAACAAUAUGUAUGUCGGUACCGAGCUUCGUCGGUGGUCUCGUGAUGCUACUGCUUGUUCUAGCCGUUGCCUCGCUUGUGGCGGCAUUCCUGUUUGUGCGUGUGCGACACUUUGAUCGGAAAGGACAUCCCUUCUCCGGGCACUAAGCAACAUUCUUAUCCAGACCUACCCGGGCAGGAACCCACCAGUGGAGCCACCGUCACCACGCACUUCACAAAGUUGCUUUUUUCUUCUUCCUUUUACUGGCGUAUGAAAUGGGAAAUGAGCACUACUAUUUGCCGAUCUGUCGGAAGGUUUAUCAUGCCUUUUUACGCGUUAGUAUCUCAAUCCAGAUCAGUCCAAACUGUCAUAUGCAUCAAUCCUUGUCAUCAAGCACCGUGCAUCAAUGUGUAGUCAGUUAACCAGCGGCGGCUACCGGAACGUAAAAGAAACUAUUUUAAAUUAGUUCGUUGGUACAGUAGUCAUCAAGAGAAUCCACUCGUUUGUUAACAAACUCACGGGGCCACUUUCUAAUCCCUGCAUCAUCCGAAACUAACAUCCUUCCAUCCGAUCAUCAUCAUUCUCUCGAUGCCUCAAGCACCGUUAACUUAUUAAUGCAGCAUAUUAUUAACGUUAUGAUUACUAUCAUUGCAAUUAGUGUCAAUACCUUACCGGUACUACGAAACCCAAAUCAGCACGUAUUACCAUUCGACCAACAUUUAACUUAUUGCGCCUCAUUCCAUCAGAACUCUGUAUCGGUUUUAUUAAAAGCAUUUUCGUCUCUCUUUGAGCUUUCACUUAUAAGUUGUGAUUGCACUUAUAUGACGCUCCAACGAAUAGGGGAAUGAACUCAAAAUGUAUUUCGUCUUUAUGCAGAAACAUAUCACUUUGAUAUCAUUUUUAUGUUUGAUUGCUCUAUGAUAAUAAUUAUUAUAAUCAUGAACAUCUUCAGCAUAGGGCAUCAUCAGCAUUCAAACUGAGAAGCCUUGUAGAACGUGUAUCUUUGCUUCAAAAGAAUAUUUUAUUUAUUUGCUUCUAUUCAUUUCCAUUUUCCAUCAAUUACCCUUUUCACAUCCUGCACGAUUCCUUUUUCAUAUUUGGCCCCACUUGCUUUAAGACACGAAUCUGGUUGGUCGGUUCAUCUAUGAGCAAAUGGGUUUUUGCCAUCGAAGUUAUGCGAGAAGGAUUCGUAUUGCAACGGAAGCUUGAUCGACGGUCGGGUGUCAUCACUAGUCUCAUCGAAGGCACCUGAACGAAUCGGUCUAUUUCUUCUCGAAACCGCAUCGUAUCAAUAUGAGCCAGUUGGUAAGCAAAACCAUAGCAUUGCAAUUCAACAAGCAUGUAACUAUAACACAAAAACACAUACCCGGACCAUCUUCAGUCCUGGAUAGGUUAAGAUCGAUCGAAGAUGGCAAAGUCCAACCAACAAUGUUAGAGAUAAUCGCAAAUAAUCGAUACCUAAUAUGGCGAACUGUGUGAUCACGCCACGCGAAGGAUCGUGGCGAGAUAAGGUUUUGUGCGGACUGGGCCUAGAGAACAGUAUUUUGUCGUGCUUUUCAAUAGGUAACGAAUGUAAAAGACAUACAGCUAAAAAAUGAAUCGAACGAACGGAAAAAGAAUGCGAGAUAGUAAGAAACUGGGAAUUCAACAAGAAGUAUAUUUAGUUAGACUGCCAAGCGAUUGGUAAGGUUAGUGGAUCGAUUUUGUUUUUGUUGUGGAAUUUUGUAUCCAAUGUUUUCUUUUGGUUUUUUUUUCAAUCUUUUCUUUUCAAUCUUAUGGAAACAGGAUGAAUAUCAAGUGUGUUGUAAAUGAUGGAGUCAGCUCUUGAGUUGAUGCAGAAUCUUAGUUGCGAUACUAUUUCCUUGCAUAUAACAGUUACGCGGAUAUUAUUGUAAAUAUUUAUUGAAAACAAAAACGGAGAGAUAGUUGAAGAAAA